AUGCCGCCAGCCCCAAGGCCAAACAUCACCAGGCCGACACCGCCCACCGCCAAUCAUCCGCCGUCACCGCACACACGGACGUCAAGCGCUGCAACAACGACGCCCACAACUGUUCCGGCCCCGCUGAACGCCCGUCAACGCCGGAACCUGCAACGGAUGCGGGACCUCCGGGCCCGACAGCAGCACUCUCAGCAACACCGCCUGGAAAAACCGGCCACUACAGCCCCUCCAACCACCGCCCCGACAGUGGUAGCGCCGCAGCAAGGUACCGCGCCACCGGCCCCCGCCGUAGCCACGGUACCGGAGGUAGCAAUACCUACCGGAACAACCGGGGCUACGGAACAUCCAACAGCCGCCCCGUCUCAAACCGUUGAUAUGGAAAUAUCAGCGGAAGAGGAGGCGGAACUGCUGGGAGGACCGGACGCGCACUUUGCCGACGAGGUGGACAUGGAGACGGUGUUUGACAAUAGGUUCCAUAGUCUCCCGACGUCACCUCGACGGGAGUAG